AUGUCUUCGCAGCAUCUCGUCAGUACAUUGGUGACAAUUCAGAAGGGCACAAAGGUGAUAUAAAAUUGAAGAGACUGGUGAUAGGAGAAACAACGGUAGGUGUAAAAAAAGUUCUUGUUCCCGCUUUCUACCAUUUUUAUUUUAUCUAACGUUUACCCUGUUUUCUAGGCUAAUUCGGGAAAAGAAAAAGAGAGUGCAGAAAAAAAGAAAAUAUUAAUAAAGUGGUAUGCAUAUCGGUGUUGAGCUUAUAUACAUUUUUUUUAUUAGAUUAAAAAAAGCGAUUUUGUAUCUGACAUCUUUGACAUUUAUUUCUAGACAUUACAAAAAAAGGACGAACCGCACCAGGUCCCUUCAGACUACAGCCGAGUGUCACCGCAGCUACGCUGCAAGGACGCAUAGCGCCACCAGACGUAAUCGUCAGCUAUAUAUUACGGAACCGAUUAUGGCACCAAUACGACCGGAUACAUCGCACGAGGGGGCAGAAGGACCAUUCGAGGGGCCACUGCUUGAUGGAAUACCGCCGCCCCUCAAUGCUUUCUUCGCCUCCUUUCAUGAAGGGCAAUGCUUGUUCGGGUGUUUAUACGUGCGGGGCGUGGAGGAGGAUCUAUGCUACGGGUGCAUGCGCGCGCAGACCGCCGAGCACAGGGCCCAGUACACAACGCAUGUAAUACACUACUUACAGAUUGACCCCGCAAUAGAUCUGCGCGUGGACAUCUGUGUACGCUGUGCUCGGUGUGUGAUGCACGCGUAUGCACCCGGCGACUGCAUAGUCUGCAUAGGCUACUUCUGUGAUAACAGGGAGGUGUUAUUAAGGCAGGGGGUUGCAGAAGUUCCUCCCCCGCCCCAGUUAUGAAAU